AUGGCGAUGGAGGAUUCCUUCAAACGGGGCGAUGAUGUUCUGGUCUUCUACCGGAUGUGCAAGCGCUGCCGACCGGACCGGAAGUACUUGGCAGUGCUCGACCCCAAGCACGGAGCCUUCCGGCCUCGAACUGGAAUUUCGGACGGCUGGGUUCCAGCACGGGUCAUGGCCGACCAGCAACCGAACGUCCACGGCGGUGACGUGGAGGUGGAGUAUUCCUGGCCCCACUUCUACACGCAGAGGGGCCACAUCGCGGACAGUGGCACUGGAUGGACAGAGUGGUUCGCACCACAGUAUGUCAAGAGACCGACAGGCCGCGGCAGCAAGCCGAGCCUAGUCGAUGCGGCUUCGGAGCCAGACCUCGCAAUCCUCACCUUUCGCUGGGGCGGUCUCAACGAGAUCAUCGCUCCCGCGCAGUGGGGAGAGACAGGCAGCUCUGUCUCUGACAUUUUCAUCGACGCGUACUGCGACCAUUUUCAGCAGUACUUGAAGACAGGCUACGAGGUUUGGACAGUCUACAUAGAGGACAAGUCUGACAUGAUGAAAAUCGCCGAUGCUGCCCACUUAAUUUUUGGCAGCCAUCAUCCCAUGCGCCGAGCCAAAAAGGUUUGCGCGAUGUACCACCUCUACCCCACGGGCUUCGAAGAGCACUGCGUGCCAAACAGCGAGACAGGGGGUGAUGGUGGAGCUGCGUUGGUAGACCAGCAGGCAUUUUACCAGAUGAUGCAGGCGGUGGAGCGUGCAGGCAUCCCCAGCCGCUUCCCUCACGACUCGGGCUUCUACGAGAUCCUGACCUCAAAGAGGUGGACCUACUACAUGGCACUGGUGCCACACCUAAACCUUCCGGCCACUGUGGCGCUGCCCCGCAUGCUCAUUGAGCAGAAUGGGGGCAGUUGUGCAAAGGCGGCGAACUGGGCCUACCAAGCCCUGGAGAAGGUGCGACAGAAGCAGCGGUCGCUUCGGGGUGAGGCACCGACGGAAGGAGGCCCGCUUUGCAAAGGCGUGGCCAAGCUCGGCUUCUCUUGGGAAGCCCUGGAUGUGAAGUACUGGGAAGGCCAGGCAGGUUUGCAGACGGCGAUCUCACAGCUGACGCAGGCCAUCGAGAUCAGCGACGAGUACACAGGGCAGCCCCACAAUCUCGAGGCGCUGAUCAUCCAAGAGUUUGUGGAACAUGACAUGGAGCUCCGCCUCUACGUGGUGAACGGGGAGGUCGAGGCGACCAUCUACACGAAAUUCUGCAAAAUAAAGCCCAACAACGAGUUCGGCGACUUCAAGGAGCACUUUACCCUUGAGGAGGCUGCUGAGUGGAUGGGCGGAGAUGUGGCCACCCUGAAGGACGGCGAGCGGCAGUGCAGGGAGAUCACGGCUCAUUGGAUGGACUGGGUCUCCAUGCAAACAUCCCAGACUCCUCCAGGAAUCCGCUUCGACUACUUCGUGGGACGCACCGGUGAGCCUGGAAAGGCCAAAGUGCGGACGCUGGAGAUCUGUGAGCUGGGCUUCAGCAUGCUCGGCAAGAAGGACUUGCCCGCCAAAGUUUUUACAGCCAUGCUCCACGCAUGUAUGGAGGUGGAUGAUCUCAAAGAGCAACCUGAGGUCGAGGUCCUGGCAAUGGAGAAUCCGGUUCGAGAAGCCAAGGCGUUCCAGAAACCAUUGGUCCCGGGUCAAGUCAAGAGCGCCAGCGGUGCGCCGGAAAAGCUGUUUGUGCUGGUGCCGAGAGUACCACACGGGACAUCGGACCAGGUCAAAUGCACUGGUCCAUACGAUCUGGUCACGGGAACUACUCCCAAUGGCCAGCCGCUGUGGAUUAACGAACGCGGCGAUCGGUUCCUCUAUGCAGGAAACGAUGGCUACUGGUACAUUGGCGACGAAGAGGAGCAAGAUGCCAACUUCAACUGCAAUUCCGGCUACAUAAGGCACAUCGGUGCAGGAGGCAAGACUCCCGAUCAACUUGGAGGCCCCUGGGAGCGGGGACCCGACUGGGGCUCCGAACCGGAGAUUCGCGUGGCGACAGACCCGGAG